UACAGUUCAGUGUCUGUUGGGCGCGUGACAGUUGGGUGCUCCAUGCCAACAACAACAUAACAUAUAAUAAUAUAGUUUAGGUCUGUGACACUGUGUAAAUAAUGGGUUGUGUAGUCGUGUAGCGGAAACGGAUUCCUUCGGCCUGAACCUACAAAAGGCUUGUAACGGUCAAUUGGUUUCAUGUGGGACCCGCCUGUGGAACAAACACACCGCAGUCUAACAUUCACUGCAGUCUAACACUUUAACAUGGACUACUCAUCUCGGGACGUUCAGCUGAGGAUCAUCAGCGUGGGCUUUAUCUUUUACUCUGUCAUAUUCCUUCUGUCCCACUUCAUAUCUAAACUGCUGUUUGUUACCUAUCGCUCGCUGUCUGUCAAAGAAAAGGUCUUCUGGGAUUUAACUGCGACUCGGGCGGUGUUCGGCAUCCAGAGCAUAGUAGCAGGGCUUCGGGCGCUCUUGGAGGACUCCGCUGUGUAUUCUGAUAAGGUCCUUGGGCAGGAAAACUGGUCCUGGUUUAACGUGCUGACCGCUACUGGCUUCUUCCUGUUUGAAAACGUGGCCCUUCACUCAUCCAAUGUGGUGUUCUGGUCUUUCGAUGUGCCGUUGGCUGUGCACCACUUCUUUGCCCUGGCAGGGUUCGCUGGGGCAGUUGUGUGGAGCUGGCUGGGCCAUUUUCUUCCUAUGGUGACCCUGCUAAUGGAGAUGAGCACACCAUUUACUUGCGUCUCUUGGAUGCUGCUUAAGGCGGGCUGGUCCAAGACUCUUUUCUGGAAAGCUAACCAGUGGAUGAUGAUCCACAUGUUUCAUUGCCGGAUGGUUCUGUCCUACUAUAUGUGGUGGGUGAGCUGGAAUCACUGGGAAGAGAUGAACACCCACAUCCCAUUGGUUCAGAGACUGUUGUUCUUUACGGGUCUUGCUUUGCUCACUUUCUUUCUCAACCCAAUCUGGACACAUAAGAAAACCUUACAGCUUCUUAAUCCAGUGGACUGGAACUUUGUGAACAAACCUCCACAAGAGAACGGACCUGUCGUAGAUGAAGCGGGACGCAAACCCCAUGCCAGCUAAUAAAUGGAAGGAGUACACCAUGAAAAGUGUCAUAGGGUGCAAAGUGUCAUAGGAUCAAUUUUAACAGUGAGCACUGUUUGAAGGAUUUAAGUAUUUAGUUUUAGUACUUACUAUUUGCAUUUGACUAAAUUGUGAGAGCACAUAAACAGUAUUUAGUUUGCUGUGACUAUAGAUCUGUAGUCAGUUGAGGUUUCAGGCUCUGACUGGUGCAUGUUGUGUUAGUCUCACAGAUCUUACCUGAGUAGGUUCACAUUCAGUGUCAUGUGAUAAGGAAAUUUGUGACUACAUUGUGACCCAACACAAUCGCAUAGCAUAAUCUCUACUUCACAAACAAAUGUCUGCUUUGGCAACAUCCGCUUCUAGCAAUCGUACCUUUAUUUUAGUUUUCUUUUACGAAAGAGUGUUGAUUCUUUUACAGAGCGUUUAGUGAUCAUUUCAGAAGGCUGUGUGAUGUAUUCAGUGUUUUUGUUUUCCUUGCUGAGGUCUGCUAAUGCUUGACUAGGCUCUUUGUGUUCCGCAUAGGCAGAUAUUGUUCUGACUCAAAGUGAAUUAUCUGAGUUGAAUGGAAUGUGUGUAUGUGUUCUAGUAUGACAGAAGGGACCAGGAAACGUUGUUAUACAAUGUUACAUUUGAGGACUAGAUAUCGAUUCAGUUAUUGUCUUCCUCAGUGUAUAUAUUUCUGCACAGUAUUAUGCUCAAUACUUUGCAGUUUUUGUCAUUGAAAUAAAAUUGCAGCAGCAACAGCAAAUGUAAUUGACAUAAAGCUAUAAAAGCCAAUACAACAAAAAAUGCAGUGCAAAAUUGACAUACCUUAGUGAUACUACUGAUCAUGAAUGAAGGCCAAAACUGUAUUCGUGCACCAUUGUUAAACUUGCUCUGAGUAACAGACCGAGGUGUGAAGGUGUGGUAUUAUCUGCUCUAAGACAGAAAGAGAAAGAAGGAUUUUUAAUCAUUGACUCGGUUUUGCCAUCAUGUUGUUUCAUGAAUUUGAUACUGGAAAUGUAGUUUGAUAACUCUGCAGUGGUCAUUUUGUAACAUUGAUGAAACUUCACCUGCAGGUUAUAGCGAAACAACGGACCGGGCAUUCUACAUGUGAAGAAAUACAUGAGCUGCCUCAUAUAAAACUGUACAGGUUUAUCCAGCUGAAGGUGUAAUAACAUUUUUGUAAUCAAAUUUAUUUUGAUUUUAUUUAUAACACAUUUUUUUAAAUGUUGUAAUCAAUUGAAUUUAUUCCAGAAGGCAUUAUUACUGUUAAAACUUGCUCAAGUGUUGAACUACCAUCCGCUGCUAAACUGGCUGCUAAGCUUGUCUUUCACUGUGAUGGGGACAAAACUGCUGAUGUGUAUGAAUUUAAAAGUUGUGUCAGAAACGUCUAGUGGGUCAACCAAAUGAAUUCAAGCCAUUGUGAAGUACUUAUGCUCUCUGAAUGAGAAGGAAAUUUGUGUAAAAAAUUCACAUUUUUAUCUGGGGUUUUUUGUUGUUGUUGUUGUUUAGCAGGUAUUUAUUAAUCCUAUGUGCUCCGUUGAACCAAUUCUGUAAUGUAUAUCCAAAGCAUUCCUGUUACAUUUUGUUAAUUUUGACUUCUGUGUUAAUAUUGUUAGGAUGCAAGAACAAACUAGCUUGCAUUGUCACAAUUUACUCCAGUCUGUCAACUGGUAAUCUACAGCCCAUUUAAUUGACGUUAAAAAUAAUAAAAAAGAAAAUGCUUUUGUUUGAAUUUGAAUGGUGGCUGUAGAACUCAAGAUUUAAAGCUCCAGCUACUGUUUAACCAUGUUAUAAUAUCUAAAACACACAACCAAUAAAAUAAAAUCUUGCCAAAAGGGUAUGUUUUUAUUUGAUUUACAAUUAGAAACAAAUGUUUGCUCUUCGUGUUACAGUAUUAAAAGAAAAGCUUUAAUAUGAUUAUCACUCGCUGCAUUUCCAACUAUUCACGUCAGGGGCAUAAAUUGUCAGCACUUUUUAGGCAUCGACAAAACGUUUUGUGACCACUAGAUGGCAGCACAACACUGCAAAAGCACAAA